UAUUCUAUUAGCUUGUCUAUUGCAAUAAAAUACGUUCUCUUUUACAGGCGUUUAACUAAGGAAAAUGUGAAACCCUCUGGAAGACAAAUUGGGAAGCUCAGCCACAGCAAUCCUACAAUUUUAUUUGAUUAUAUUUUAUCACAAAUACAAAAAUACGAUAACUUAAUAACUCCGGUUGUUGAUUCACUGAAAUACCUCACUUCGCUGAACUACGAUGUCUUGGCAUACUGUAUCAUUGAAGCUCUGGCAAACCCUGAGAAGGAGAGAAUGAAACAUGAUGACACUACAAUCUCGAGCUGGCUGCAGAGUCUGGCUAGUUUCUGUGGUGCAGUUUUCCGAAAAUACCCAAUUGAACUUGCUGGUCUACUUCAAUACGUAGCCAACCAACUGAAAGCUGGGAAAAGCUUUGAUUUGCUUAUUUUAAAAGAGGUAGUACAGAAAAUGGCAGGGAUAGAAAUUACAGAAGAAAUGACGAUGGAACAAUUGGAAGCCAUGACUGGUGGAGAACAACUAAAAGCUGAGGGUGGAUACUUUGGCCAAAUCAGGAAUACAAAAAAAUCUUCUCAGAGAUUGAAAGAUGCAUUACUGGACCAUGAUCUUGCCCUUCCACUGUGCCUGCUUAUGGCUCAACAGAGAAAUGGUGUGAUCUUUCAAGAGGGAGGGGAAAAACAUCUGAAGCUGGUGGGAAAACUGUAUGAUCAGUGCCAUGACACCCUCGUACAAUUUGGCGGGUUUUUAGCGUCCAAUCUAAGCACAGAGGAUUACAUUAAGCGAGUGCCUUCUAUUGACGUUCUUUGUAAUGAGUUUCACACACCUCACGAUGCUGCGUUUUUCCUCUCGAGACCCAUGUAUGCACACCAUAUUUCAUCAAAGUAUGAUGAACUAAAAAAAGCUGAGAAGGGAAAUAAACAGCAGCACAAAGUUCACAAAUACAUUACAUCGUGUGAGCUGGUGAUGGCUCCUGUUCAUGAUGCUGUGAUUUCUCUGCACCUUCCCAAGGUUUGGGAUGACAUCAGUCCUCAGUUUUAUGCUACAUUCUGGUCUUUGACAAUGUAUGACCUUGCCGUCCCACAUAGUAGCUAUGACCGAGAAGUCAAUAAACUUAAAGUCCAGAUGAAAGCCAUAGAUGACAAUCAGGAAAUGCCUCCAAAUAAAAAGAAAAAAGAAAAAGAACGUUGCACAGCUCUUCAGGACAAGCUCCUUGAAGAGGAGAAGAAGCAGCUGGAGCAUGUGCAGAGGGUUCUGCAGAGACUGAAACUAGAGAAGGAUAACUGGCUUCUGGCAAAGUCUACCAAAAAUGAGACUAUCACAAAAUUUUUGCAGUUAUGUAUAUUUCCUCGAUGCAUUUUUUCGGCAAUCGAUGCGGUUUAUUGUGCUCACUUUGUAGAACUGGUGCAUCAGCAGAAAACACCCAACUUCUCCACACUUCUCUGCUAUGACAGAGUUUUCUCUGAUAUUAUAUAUACAGUUGCAAGUUGCACUGAAAAUGAAGCUAGUAGAUAUGGCAGGUUUUUAUGCUGUAUGCUAGAGACUGUGACUAGAUGGCACAGCGACAGAGUCAUAUAUGAAAAGGAAUGUGGCAACUAUCCAGGCUUCCUAACUAUAUUACGGGCAACUGGAUUUGAUGGUGGAAAUAAAGCUGAUCAAUUGGAUUAUGAGAAUUUUAGACAUGUGGUACACAAAUGGCACUAUAAGUUAACUAAGGCUUCUGUGCACUGCCUUGAAACAGGUGAAUAUACACAUAUCAGAAAUAUCCUGAUUGUGCUGACCAAAAUCCUUCCAUGGUAUCCAAAAGUGCUGAAUCUGGGCCAAGCCUUGGAAAGAAGAGUACAUAAGAUAUGUCAGGAAGAGAAAGAGAAGAGACCUGAUCUAUAUGCAUUGGCUAUGGGCUAUUCUGGGCAGUUGAAAAGUAGGAAGCCUUUCAUGAUACCUGAAAAUGAAUUCCACCACAAAGACCCACCUGCCAGGAAUGCUGUAGCUGCAACAGUACAAAAUGGGCCAGGUGGUGCUGGGAUGCCUACAUCUCUCACAAUAAAUACAGUUAGACUGGAAGAAGGCACUACUGAGGAGACUGAUAAACUGAAGGAGAAGUCUCAGGGUGUGGUGAAAGUUAUUAAUAAAGCUGUCAAUGCUACACCGAAGGUGACAACGAGCAAUGGAAACAGUGCUUCUAAUAGCAAAAUUAUUAAAGAGAAAGAUGAUAAAGAAAAAAGUGGGAAGGAAAAAGAUAAAGAAAAAAAAGACAAGACUCCAGCUGCAACUCCAGAGAUGAAGGCACUUGGGAAGGAUGGGAAAGAUAAACCAAAGGAAGAACGGGCAAACAAAGAUGAUAAAGCAAGAGAGAUCAAGGAGAAAACUCCAAAAUCUGACAAAGAGAAGGAAAAAGUCAAGAAAGAAGAAAAAGCUUCAAAAGAAGAAAAAUCCAAGACAGUUGUUACCAUCGUUGAGUCAAAGUCAACUGCAGAAAAGGAGAGAGAAAAGGAGCCAUCCAGAGAAAGAGAUGUAGCGAAGGAAAUGAAAUCCAAGGAAAAUGCUAAAGGAGGAGAAAAGAUGCCAGUAGCUGGGUCCUUGAAGUCCCCUGUUCCCCGAUCAGAAACAUCAGAAUCUGAAAGGGAACAAAAACGCCGCAAAGUUGAUACACAUUCUUCUCCGUCACAUUCCUCAACAGUAAAGGACAACCUCAACGAACUCAAGGACUCUUCAGCAAAGCACUACAUUAACCAUACUACUCCAACACUGUCCAAGAGUAAGGAGAGAGAAGUGGACAAGAAAGAUUUGGACAAGUCAAGGGAAAGAUCCAGAGAGAGAGAGAAGAAAGAUGAAAAGGACAGGAAAGAUCGAAAAAGGGAUCAUUCAAACAGUGACCGAGAGGUACCACAGGAUUCAACUAAGCGACGCAAAGAGGAAAAUGGGACAACUGGUUCUUCAAAACAUAGUAAAAGUGAAAGUCCUUCUGAUUCCCCUCGCUUAAAUGAAAAGGAGAAGGAGAAGAACAAAUCAAAAUCUUCAGGAAAAGAGAAAAGUGAUUCAAUUAAAGCAGAAAAGAUGGAGAAGAGCUCCUCUGGUAGCAAAAAGGAAUCAAGACAUGAUAAAGAAAAAACAGAAAAGAAAGAAAAACGAGACAGUACUGGAGGGAAAGAAGAAAAGAAACAUCAUAAAUCUUCAGACAAGCACAGAUAAUGAAGUUUGUUCCAGUCAAGGUGAGAUUGAAAUGAGAAGAUAUCCAGCUGUGACCAGAAAUGUAUUUUCCAGAAUAUAGAUUGCACAGAAAUUUGUGAAUGAAGAGGACCCAUCUGCAUCUCCUUAAAUUAUUCAGUUCUCUGCUUUAUUUCCCCAUGCUGAGGAUUUAAUUGUUGAGUUGUACAUUACUGUAUUUUAACUUGUUGCUUAGUUUCUUACACAUUUAUUUUCAGUACCUGGCUGAAAGUGUUACCUAUUCCAUAUUUUAGCACAAUGUGCUGCAAACAAACAGUUGCCAUAGUGCAAAUGAGGUUUCAUGUGUACAGAGUUCCACUUUAGGUUGUCGAAAAUACUGCCUGAGUUUAGUAAUUCUUUCAAUCUGAAAUGCAUCCUUUUAGAUGUUUGAAAACCACAAAUAAACAGUUAUUGAACCUUUUUGGAUUUACCUCAUUUAAACUCAGUUUUUAUUUAUUACUUGGCCUGUUUUUAAUAUCAGUGACUAAAAAAAAAAAAGUCAAGUGGGAGCACUGUUUUCAUGCAAUGCUUAGGGAUUAUUUGUAUAUUAUGUGUACAACGUUGACUUGUUUAAAGAAACAAAGAAUGAACCCUGUCCCUUCCAUCCCAACCUAAACCUGUGCUCAGUUGUCCCUUGCUACACCUUUUGUUUGUCAUGUUGUUUUUAGAUUGAUUGGAAAUGCUCUCUUCAAAACUGAAAUAAAUUAAGUUUCAAUUACAGCUACAGGAGCUUUGUAUUGCUGAACUUUAGUCUGAAAAGUUUCACAAUGACAUUUUUAAAAAAAAAAAAAGAAAUUUUUUUAUCUGCUGAAUUCUACCAGUGUAACCUUUUUUCUAAAUAAACAAUAGUUUUCUCAAUGGGUCGUAAA